UUUACUAAGUGAUUGAUCCCUUUUCUCUCUUUCCUAUAAAACUGGUACUGCAACAGGCUUCUCUUCUCCACAACCAUAUCCCAUUUUCAUUAGUUUUGUCCAAAUUUAUUUGUGAGAAUGGGUUCUAUUGGUUUGACAGAGAAGCCACAUGCAGUUUGCAUACCAUACCCAGCUCAAGGUCACAUAACACCAAUGCUUCAAUUAGCCAAACUCCUCCAUUACAAGGGCUUUCACAUUACCUUUGUGCACACAGAGUUCAAUCACAGACGCCUGCUUAAAUCCCGAGGUCCCAAAUCUCUUGAUGGCGUCCCAUCCUUUAGGUUUGAAACCAUUCCCGAUGGCCUCCCUCCAACAGAUGCCAAUGCCACCCAAGACAUAACCGCUCUAUGCCUUUCCACUAGUAAAAAUUGCUUAGCACCCUUCAGAGACCUUUUGUCAAAGCUCAAUUCUUUGCCUGAUUCCCCGCCAGUUACUUGUAUAGUUUCUGAUGGUGGCAUGACCUUCACUCUUGAUGCAGCCCAAGAAUUGGGCAUUCCGGAAGUUAUUUUUGAGACACUAAGUGCUUGUGGCUUGAUGUGCUACCUACAGUAUGGCCCUCUCAUUGAAAAAGGCUUAAUGCCUCUUAAAGAUCCUAGCUAUUUGACAAAUGGGUAUUUGGAUACUGAGAUAGAUUGGAUACCAGGCAUGAGAGGUAUCCGAUUGAGGGACAUCCCAAGUUUCAUCAGAACCACAGACCCAAAUGACUUCAUGCUGGAUUAUCUAUUAGUAGAGAUAGCACGAGCUAAAAGAGCUUCUGCCAUCAUUUUGAACACGUUUGAUGCAUUAGAUCAUGAAGUUUUAGAUGGACUUUCGACUUUGCUACCACCUGUUUAUUCCGUUGGACCCCUACAUCUACAACUUAAUCAGAUCCCAGCAGAUGACAAAUUGAAGUCCAUUGGAUCAAACCUAUGGACAGAAGAACGAGAGUGUCUUGAAUGGCUUGACUCUAAAGAACCUAACUCUGUGGUUUAUGUCAACUUUGGAAGCAUCACA